GAGCGGGAGCGGGAGCGGGAGCAGGCCCCGCGGCGCGGCCUAGCGCCGCUCCCCGCCCGCCCUGCCGGCGCUGCGGGCCCUGCCGAGCCCGGGCAGGGCGGGGAGCCGGGCGGGGAGCCGGGCAGGGCCGGGCCGGGCUGCGGCAGGCGAGGCGUGCCGCGGCCCCGGGAGGCGGGCAGGGAAGCGGCCGCCCUCCCGCCUUCCCCAGCCUCCCGCCGGCCGGCGAGCGGCGCCCAGAGGGACGCGGGCCGAGCCGGGCUCCUGCGUACAAAAUGGCAUUUCAGAAGGCAGUGAAAGGAACUGCUCUCAUUGGAGGAGGUGCCAUAGCAACAGUUUUUGGCCUCUCUCAAUUUUCUCAGUAUAGAAACAAACACGGUACCUUUGCGCACGUUCAAGCUGCAGAACCUGUGCCUGUUCCAAUCAAGAGCCACUACCCCACAAGAGAGCAACAGAUUUCGGCUCUGCGAACCACAGAUGAGUUUGAUGUCCUGGUCAUAGGAGGAGGAGCAACAGGAUGUGGCUGUGCUUUAGAUGCAGUCACUAGAGGACUAAAAACAGCCCUUCUAGAAAGAGAUGAUUUCUCAUCAGGGACCAGCAGCAGGAGUACUAAAUUGAUCCAUGGUGGAGUGAGAUAUCUUCAGAAGGCCAUCAUGAAGUUGGAUUUUGAGCAGUACAGGAUGGUGAAAGAAGCACUCGAAGAACGUGCAAAUCUGCUUGAAAUUGCUCCUCACCUCUCAGCUCCUCUGCCGAUAAUGCUGCCUGUUUACAAAUGGUGGCAGUUGCCAUACUACUGGCUUGGAAUAAAACUGUAUGACUUUGUGGCUGGAAGUCAAUGUCUGAAGAGCAGUUAUGUCCUCAGCAAGUCCAGGGCCCUGGAACUCUUUCCAAUGCUACGCAAAGAUGAGCUUGUUGGAGCUAUUGUCUACUAUGAUGGCCAGCACAACGACGCCCGCAUGAACCUGGCCAUCGCGCUCACCGCGGCGCGCUACGGCGCGGCCACCGCCAACUACGCCGAGGUGCUGCGGCUGCUGAAGACGGCGGAGCCGCGGGGCGGGAGGGAGCGCGUCUGCGGGGUGCGCUGCCGGGACGUCCUCACAGGGCAGGAAUUUGAUGUCAGAGCCAAAUGUGUUAUCAACGCUACGGGACCUUUCACAGACUCUGUGCGCAAAAUGGAUGAUCAGGAGGUGCCAAACAUCUGCCAGCCCAGCGCAGGCGUGCACAUCGUCAUGCCUGGCUACUACAGCCCUGGGAAUAUGGGGCUGCUUGACCCUGCCACCAGCGACGGCAGAGUGAUUUUCUUCCUGCCAUGGCAGAAGAUGACGAUUGCAGGAACCACAGACAGCCCCACUGAUGUCACCUCCCACCCCAUACCCACAGAGGAAGACAUAAACUUCAUUCUGAACGAAGUGCGCAGCUACCUGAGCGCUGAUGUUGAAGUGAGAAGAGGAGACGUGCUGGCAGCAUGGAGUGGCAUCCGUCCUCUGGUCACAGACCCCAACUCCAAGGACACGCAGUCGAUAUCCCGGAACCACGUUGUUAGCAUCAGCGACAGUGGCCUGGUCACGAUAGCAGGUGGGAAGUGGACAACCUACCGUGCCAUGGCGCAGGAUGCCAUUGAUGCAGCUAUCCAGGCACAUGGUCUGAAGGCAGGUUCCAGUAAGACCAUUGGGCUGCAGCUAGAAGGGGCUGAGAACUGGAGUCCCACUCUCUACAUUAGGUUGGUCCAAGACUAUGGACUUGAAAGUGAGGUGGCUCAGCAUCUAGCUUCAACGUACGGGGACAAGGCUUUUGAGGUGGCCAAAAUAGCCCAAGUGACAGGGAGGAGAUGGCCUGUUGUUGGGAAACGUCUCGUGUCUGAAUUUCCCUAUAUUGAGGCUGAGGUGGUCUAUGCCGUGAAGGAAUACGCCCGCACCGCCGUGGAUGUGAUCUCCCGCCGCACGCGCCUGGCCUUCCUGAACGUGCAGGCUGCAGAGGAGGCCCUGCCACGCAUCGUGGACAUCAUGGGGAAGCAACUUGGCUGGAGCGAGCAGAAAAAGAAGGAAGAACUUGAAACUGCUAGAAAAUUUCUCUAUUAUGAAAUGGGCUACAAAGUAAAAUCAGAUCAAUUAACAGACAGCUCUGAAAUCAGCCUAGGGCCCUCAGAUAUUGAAAGGUACAAGAAGAGAUUCUGCAUGUUUGACAAGGACAAGAAAGGGUUCAUUACUAUCCUGGACGUGCAGCGUGUCUUGGAGAGCAUCAGUAUGCAGAUUGCUGAGAACACACUUCAUGAUAUUCUCAGUGAAGUGGAUCUGAACAAAAACGGGCAGGUUGAGCUCAAUGAGUUUUUGCAGCUGAUGAGUGCCAUCCACAAGGGGUACAUCUCGGGAAGCCGGCUGGCUGUGCUCAUGAAGACUGCCGAGGAGAACCUGCGCCAGAGGGGGGUGAUCCCGGUGGACCGGAGCGGUGGUGGGCUGUGAGGUCAAACCCAACAGCCACAGCUGGCCCGUGGUGGGGCUGCCUCUCUGCUGAAGACAUUCCAGUGCUCCUGAGUGUCCUGGCUUGUUCAACAUGACUGGUAUCUGUCUGUCGAUGUAGCUCUUCAAAAAUAAUACAUUGGUGCAUUUGUUCCCGUUACGAAUGUUUUUUCCAUACAAUUUCUACUCCCAUAUGUGGCCUUUGGACUGGGUGUUCUUUAGACAUAGUUUAUUAACAAGAGUUCAGGAAUACACUCCAGAAAGAUUUAGGUGCACACGUGCACAUACUGCCUUGCUCACUAACUUCUAUGUAUCACCUUUGAAGAAAUCGAUGCUCAGAGAGUGAAUCCUGCCUUUAAAUGCAUCACGUUGAGUCUUGCAAAUAUGUACUGAGGCCUCAACAGCUGCUGCUCUGUCCUCUUCCACAAAGAGCAAGAGGGGGAAAGCUGAUGUGCUGGGUUGGAGAUGGUAUCACAAGAGGAGCAAAACUGACACUUCCCAAGGUGAUGGUGAGGGAGCAGAGCUGUCCUGAGCCUUCCUUCUGUAGGAGGUUGGGUUUGCUCUUUCACCUGCAGCUAUUGCACUGUUACCAGUACUUGGCCAGACAAAAAUCUGAGUAGUGUGAAGCUGGAAAGCUGCGAGGCAUCUUGAUUAAUCACCCGAGCUAAUAAUGUAGGUAAAAGCUAGGAGACAGCUUUCCUUUCCCCUGUAUUCAUAAAAAUAAGCCUCCUUUAAUAAAUAGCAGUGUCUAGCAGGUGGUGUUUGCUGCUGCAGAGUGUUUCAUACUGUUUCCAGCUUUGGACAAACACUGUAGAAUAUGGCGGGUUUUGAUACCAUAGCAGUCUUAAUUGUUCAUUUAAAAUGCUCAGACACAAAGUGAGAAAAUGAGACUGGGUUUCUGUGUCACUGACUUUCCUGUGAAAGGGCUACUGUUCAGCAGAUAAAUGAAAAAAAAAAAAAGAAUAAAAACAGGACCACUCACUUGAGCUGUUUCCAACAGUGUUGUACCUGGCUCUUUGCCUUUCUGCUCUUAGAUUGACUGGGGUCAAGAUUUCUGCCUGAUGGAGAACAAGGAAGGGAAAAGCACCAGAAUGAUUUGUUGAUGGAUCUGUCCUUCUGCUCUCAAAGUUCACAAAUCCCAGGUGACAACCCAAAACAAGCAUCAGUUCCAAGGUGUCAGCAUUUUGCCCUGUGCAAAAUGUGGUUGGUUUUAAUGGGUGUCACCCCUUUCAUUUGUGGGAGGUACCAGUGCAGGAAUGACCAGCAAAAGAGUACUGGGGUAUUUUAAGAGACAGGAGGAGAAGAUCAACAAAGUGGAGCUGCUGGGGAGCGCUGGCACCUCGGGCAGCAGGUGCAGGUGAUGUGUUUGGCUGGAGAGGCAGAGUCCUUGGGGGAAAAAAAAAAAAGAAUGGGGUGUUUCAGAAUAGUAGAGACAACAAAUGAAAAAAGGGCAAGCCUCAUUUAAGGCUCAGUAAGUGGUUGUGUUCCUGUCAGUCCAAACAGCUGGUGAAACCAGGAGGGAAGGAGAUGGUCUCGGGUAAAAAGCCUUCCAGACAGGUUUUGCAUGUUGGAUUGUGGGGUUUGGCACAGGCUGGUACCAGAGUGCAGACCCUGCUGAGGGGUUGUGGCUGCUUUGUCUCCAGCCCUGUCCUCCUGGGGGGCAGUCUGUGUGGGGGAGGAGUUAGCCUGUUUGACAAAGUCAGAAUUUUUUUAAUGAACAAAGGGGUUUGUUUCUGUGGUCCUGUGAACUUUUCUUUUUUUUGAAGUAUGUUCAGGUAAAAUAUGUGGUGUUUGACACAGCUUUGUAUUUUCAAAACCCUUUUCAAAUCAGAACAUAGUAACAGUUUACAGUUACUUCAGAAUUGGAGGGAAAUUAAUGUACAACACCCAGGUUAUUUUGGUUUAGUGAGCAAGAAGGGGUUGAGGAUUCUACUAUUAACAAUAAUAGAAAAAAGUAAAAGUAAUUAAACCUUUUCCAGGCCACACAAAAAUAAAUAUUGUAAAUAUUUAACAUCUUUUCUACGGUUUAAAGAAAAUUUCUCCUCCGUUCCUCUAUAAAUGGCACUGUUAAGAAUUGAUAAUACCAGUUUACCUGCAAAGGCAGGAUUUUCUGCUUGGUACCCAAAGUCUCCUCUUUGUUCUGUUGUUUCAGUAAUUCUGCAUACAGAAUGUGACUCUGGGAUUUUCUGGGCUCUGUGUGUGUGUGUCCCGAUAGGAAUUUGCUUGGCAUCUCAGGCACUUCCCUGCCAUGCUUCCCUGCUCCUUUGUGUGGCACAGCCCGGCCCUUGUGCCAGGAGCCCACUGCAUGUGUUGCUCUACUGACAGCAGCUAAGCCUAGGCACGGAAAAGCCCUACAAGUAUUUAUUUAUCACCUACCAUUUCUUUUCAGGAAUGUUGCUUUUGUUGUUCCUUUUAUUUAUUUUUUUUUCCCGGUGAAUGUAGAAAGAGUUGUCAAACAUCAGUGUCUUGCACCGUGCUGAUCUGAGGGGGAAGAACAUGUGAUUCUUGUCUUCUUUUUGUCUCGUUUUGUUGUUGUUUGGUUGUGGGGGUUUUUUUAAGGUAGGAGCUGGAUUUUUUGGGUGGGGGGGUUUAUUUUGUGUUUGAAAUAAACUGCACGCCUCGGGGGGAGGGAGGGGGGGUUUGUAUCUGUGCAUGGAUGUACCCACACAUGUACCCCUGCCCCUGGGACACUUGGGUGUUCCCUUAGUUGCUGUUCUGGGCUGAACUGUGAAGUGCUCUGUUUCAGGCUGGGUUGUCAUUUUUAUAACUGUCUUGGUGUUUUACUGCCAUUAUUUAUUCCUUUUGAUAUGCAGGAUGAGCCGCAUGCAUUUAUAGAGCAAUAAGAGGAUGUAUUUAAUGUGCCUUGUUUUUAACUGAGUAAGAACUGGGAGCAUGAAUCAAUAAAACUGAUGCAAAAUGG